UUAACCCCAAACUCCCAAAGAUGAAAGGAGUUGCUGAUUGUAAUCCCUCACUAUAAUAUGACAGCUUAGGUCUGUGUAGUUUCUGAAAAUUGGUACAAACAAUUGAUCAUCAGCUGAGUUUAUUUUUCCAAAUGAAAGUCAUUGACAUAGGAACUGUAAAGCCAGUUGUGGAUAGCUGCAAAAUGGACUUGAAGGUCAUGAAAGAUGGAUCUGUGCAUCUAGACCAACCAACCUUUAGCAAACAAUUAGAGGAGCACCUUACUGGAGCUACUUUCAAAGUGAACCAUGUGGUUGCACACUCUAAGUACAAGACUGAGGUUACUAAAAGGGAUUCCAUCCAAGCUAUGCUUGAUAAUUCUGAAAAAAGAUUCCCUGACCAGGAGCUGAUGUCCUCUUUCUGUGUUUUGGGGAUGAAGCCCAUUUCUCUACUCAGUCAGGAUGAGCUGCAGUGUUGGGGGGAUGAAGCCAUGGAAAUGCUAACAUCUCACUUUGGGGAGAAAAUGCACACAAUGAAUUCAAAGGAAUCUGUGUCAAACCCUUAUUGAUGCUCAAGAGGUGAAGAAAGAAUGGAGAAUUAUAAAAAAUGAUCUUCUCACUCAGUGUUACCCAAAGCAUUCAACUGCAAAACUCUGGGAAUUGAUAGCUACUGAUCAUAAGGAUCAAUUUCCAAAUCUCAUAAUGUUAGCCUCUUUGGCACUGGCACAUCCAGUGCACACAGUGGAUUGCGAAAAAUUACAACUGCACUAAGAAAUAGACUCAAUCCAGAGAAUAUUGAUGCACUCAUGAGAAUAAAAUAGAAGGAAGGGAUUACUUUGAUUUUGUUAGUUGUCUCAAAAAAUGGAGGCAAAAAAAGCAGAGGGUUAUUUUCCACAAUCAUAAGUAAACUGACUUUGCUUUUAAGAGACAGUGCAUAAGAAUUAAACUGUUGUUUCUGUCAAUAAAACAGGCCCUCCU